UUUAAUAUUAUUAAUAGAAAUAAAUCAAGAUUACUCAGUUAAAUAAAAAAAAUCUUAUAAAAUAAUUUAAUUGUUAAUUAGGUUUGUAAAUUGGCAACUAACCAUUUACUUGAAAUGUUUUAUUUUCUAAAGUAUUUGAGAAUUCCUAUUUUUGAGAAAAGAAAAUUCGCCCACCGAUAAGAAAAUAAAAUUGUAAAGAUAAAAAAAAAAAAAAGAGAACAAUCCUAAAAAUAAAUGAAUAAAUAAAUAAAUAAUUAAGCGGAAUCUCUCUCCCCAUCUAUUUUUCUGUGCUUCGUCGUCUUCUUUUUUUUUCCUCUUGAGUUUGUUUCUCUCAUUAGCUCUCUCACUUUUGCAUCAAAACAGAAGCUCAAAAGUGAACCCGAUAACAAACCCAUUUUGCUUUUCUUUCUAUCUUUUGCAAUAACAAUAAUAAUAAUAAUAAUAUAUCUUUAAAGAACGCAUCAAUCAAUCAAUAAUGCCUGCACAGAAGCGGUCGUUACCUGACAAUUUUAACACCACGAACGACAACACUACCAACGAUGAGGAAGAAGAAGAAGAAGAGGAAGAAGAAGAAGAACCCUCUUCUCCUGUUCAAAAUGGCCGCCAUCAGUUUUAUUCUAAGCAAUCACACCAACCACAGCAAGAAGAUGAAGUACAACAACAAGAACUAGAAGAAGAAGAAGAAGAAGAAGAAGAAGAAGAAGCAGCAGAAGAAGAAGAAGACGACGAGGCAACCCAGAAGCCAGAAGAUGAAGAAGAGCCAAAAGAUGAUUCUAAGGAAAGCCAAUCUUCGAGCUCUGAAGAUGAAGAUGAAGAUGAAGAUGAAGAUGAAGAUGAAGAAGAAGAUGAAAAACCCGAGUUUGUCUUUGUGGAGCUCUCAGAAAUUCGUAAGGAUGUGCAGUGCCCAAUAUGUCUAGGUAUCAUAAAGAAGACACGAACUGUAAUGGAAUGUCUGCACCGCUUUUGCAGGGAAUGCAUUGACAAAUCAAUGCGACUUGGGAACAAUGAGUGCCCUGCUUGCCGCACACACUGUGCAAGUCGACGUUCUUUGAGGGAUGAUCCAAAUUAUGAUGCCUUGAUUGCUGCUCUAUAUCCAGACAUAGAUAAGUAUGAGGAGGAGGAAUUGGCUUUUCAUGAAGAGGAAAGGACACGAAACAAACAGAUCCAAGCUUCAAUUGCCCAAAUAUUUCAACGGCAAUCUGAAGCGCUGGCUAAGAAACGUACAAUGGGUAAAGAAACAACUGGUCCAUUUGUGACAAGAUCACAGCGCAAUCAUCGGACAGUUCCUUCAAGGAGGAGAAGAAACAGCCGAGGCACUGAAUAUCAAGGAUCUGAAGACAUCGAGGAAGAAAAUGAUGAUAAUGGAGGUAAGGAUUCAUCAUCUACCGAUGAGCGCUCCACAGAAGUAAGGCAGCGUAGGCGCAAGAGACGUCCAGGAAUUCGACCCUCUCAGCCUUCUUCAUCAGCUUCAAACCUAGAGGGUGGAUCCAUUGAAAAUGAUUUAGAAGCUGGGAGAGAGAACAGAGGAAUAUCUCCAGGGCUUGUUUGGAAUACAGAAAUGCUUGCUUGGGGCAGGGGUGGUGCUCGAAGUCAUACACGGCAUGGUAAUGCUAGUGGUUGCAACAAUAAGAAUUCCCGAAGCACUCGCUUGUCCAAGCUGGUAGAAUAUCUCAGGAGCUUAGAGGAAAAAAAUGAUGAGUUAGAUGUUCACCUCAUGCUCUUUUCUUUGGAGAAACAAAGUGCACUGAGUUUGCAGCAGCCUUACCUUUGUUGUCGCCCCAGUUUGUCUGUUAAACACCUAUGUGAAUAUAUUGCUCACCAGACCCCUUUGCAAGCUGAAGAAGUUGAAAUCUUAUUAGUUAAGGGGGCGCACCAGCCUGAUGACAACAUAUCUACUCUGCAUCCUCCAAUUUUAAUGGAGGAGCUCCAAAUUUUGAAAGGGCAAGAGACUUUGGCAGGUCUCAAAGCCAAUUCCUCACCUAGUAGAGAUCGAUUGAUUUUAGCAUAUCGGCAGAAGGAGGCUAAUUAGGAAUUUGUGUGCAACAUUGAUGAUAGGAGAGAAAAAUGUCCAUUUACUAUUUACCAAAGCAGUUGUUUGUAAAUAUGUGUGGGGAGAUGAAAAUGGAAACCUAUCAGCUAUUUUUUUUAUACAAAAGAAAAAAGGUUUUCUUCUUUAAUUUUUUAUUUUUGACAAUUAGAGAGUUUCAUGAAAUGCGGACAAUGUAUCAUCAUCUAGCACCAUUGUUCAGAGAAAAAAUAUGAAUCCAACUUUUGAUGUCUGGAUGUUCCUUUAUGGAAUUUGGAGCAAGGGUUGAUGCAAAAUGAAGGAGUUUUUGUUGUA